AUGGUGUCGAGAUUUGUAGGACGAUUUUUAUUGCCAUCAUUAUUAAAUUCAAAAUAUGUUAUACCUAACCUCGUAAGUCACUCUGAAAGGGUUAUUGUCAACAAAUAUAACUUAACCACGGUCAGAAACUAUGCGAAAAGUAAAGACAAAGGAAAAGAUAAGAAGGGAAAGGGUGGUAAAGUCGAAAUCAACCCUCUCAUGAUAUCAGAAUUAGUGCCGGUUAAUAAACUUAAGGAAAGAUGUCAAAAUUCAAUAGAAAAAAUGAAGGAAGACUUUACCAAAAACUUAUCCCUCCGUUCGACCACUGGUGCCAUAGAUACUUUACCAAUUAAAUACGACGGCAAGGAGUACGAGCUCCAAGAACUAGCACAAAUAGUUAGAAAGAAUCCUAAGACAUUGGUUAUUAAUUUUGCUUCUUUUCCACAAGUUAUACCAGACGUUCUGAAAGCAAUUCAGAAUUCAGGUCUCAAUCUGAAUCCACAGCAAGACGGUACAACUCUAUAUGUUCCAGUACCAAAAGUAACUAAAGAACACAGAGAGGCUUUGGCUAGAAAUGCUAAGAUUUUAUUUAUCAAAUGCCGAGACAGCAUAAAGGACAUUCAAAAUGAAUAUAUUAAAAAAACAAAGAAACAGACUGAUGUAUCUGAAGACUUGGUGUACAGUGUCAAUAAACAAAUAUUAGCAUUAUGUGACGGGUACAUCAUAGAAGCCAAAACCCUUUACGAUCAAAAGCACAAAGAACUAGUCGGAAACUGA